GACCCGGCGAGCACCGGACCGAUUCUGCGGUCCACGGGCUCCGCGUCCUUGGCCCAUGGCGGUGGCCGAGCUGUACACACAGUACAACAGGGUUUGGAUUCCGGAUCCUGAAGAAGUUUGGAAGUCUGCCGAGAUAGCCAAGGACUACCGAGCUGGUGACAAAGUCCUGCGGCUCCUGCUGGAGGAUGGCACGGAGCUGGAUUAUCCCGUGGACCCAGGCUCACUGCCUCCACUUCGGAACCCCGACAUCCUUGUGGGCGAGAACGACCUCACGGCCCUCAGCUACCUCCACGAGCCCGCCGUGCUCCACAACCUUCGCAUCCGCUUUGCAGAGUCCAAGCUCAUCUAUACCUACAGCGGAAUCAUUUUGGUGGCCAUGAACCCCUACAAGCAGCUGCCCAUCUACGGAGACGCCAUCAUCCACGCCUACAGCGGGCAGAACAUGGGCGAUAUGGAUCCGCACAUAUUCGCAGUGGCAGAAGAGGCCUACAAGCAGAUGGCCAGAAACCAUCGUAACCAGUCCAUUAUUGUGAGUGGAGAGUCAGGUGCAGGGAAGACGGUGUCAGCCCGCUAUGCCAUGAGGUACUUCGCCACCGUCAGCAAAUCGAGCAGCAAGGCUCACGUGGAGGACAAGGUCCUAGCAUCCAAUCCCAUAACCGAGGCUGUGGGGAAUGCUAAGACCACGCGCAAUGACAACAGCAGUCGGUUUGGGAAGUACACAGAAGUCAGCUUCGACAAGAGCAAUCAGAUCAUAGGGGCCAACAUGAGAACCUACCUGCUGGAGAAAUCCAGAGUUGUCUUCCAAUCAGAAAAUGAACGGAAUUAUCACAUUUUCUACCAGCUGUGUGCAUCUGCACAGCAGUCGGAGUUUAAACAUCUUAAACUAAGGAGUGCAGAAGAGUUUCACUACACGAGCAUGGGAGGCAGUACACUCAUCGAGGGUGUGAAUGACAGAGCGGACAUGGUAGAGACUCAGAAGACAUUUGCACUCUUGGGUUUCAAGGAGGAUUUUCAGAUGGAUGUUUUCACCAUCCUGGCCGCCAUCCUGCAUCUGGGCAACGUGCAGAUCGCCGGGGUGGGCAGCGAGCGGUCUUCCAUCAGUGAGGAUGACGAUCACUUGAAGGUAUUCUGCGAGCUCCUGGGCCUGGCGCGUGGCAAAGUGUCUCAGUGGCUCUGCAACCGCAAGAUCGUCACCAGCUCUGAGACCGUGGUGAAACCCAUGACCAGAGCCCAGGCCAGCAACGCCAGAGACGCGCUGGCCAAAAAGAUCUACGCGCACCUGUUCGACUUCAUUGUGGAGAAAAUUAACGAAGCCUUGCAGUUUUCAGGCAAGCAGCACACUUUUAUUGGUGUUUUGGACAUUUAUGGUUUUGAGACCUUUGAUGUGAACAGCUUUGAACAGUUCUGCAUCAAUUACGCUAAUGAAAAGCUGCAACAGCAGUUUAACCUGCAUGUCUUUAAACUCGAACAAGAAGAAUACAUGAAGGAAGAUAUCCCUUGGACUCUGAUCGAUUUUUAUGACAAUCAGCCAGUUAUUGACCUGAUAGAAGCGAAAAUGGGCAUUUUGGAGUUACUGGAUGAAGAAUGCUUGUUACCACACGGGACGGAUGAAAAUUGGCUUCAAAAGCUGUAUAAUAAUUUUGUCAACAAGAACUCUUUAUUUGAAAAACCUAGAAUGUCAAACACAUCUUUUAUCAUCCAGCACUUUGCUGAUAAGGUGGAGUAUAAAUGUGAAGGCUUUCUUGAGAAGAACAGGGACACUGUCUACGACAUGCUAGUUGAAAUCCUGAGGGAAAGCAAGUUCCAACUGUGCGCCAACUUUUUUCAAGAAAAUCCCGUUCCUUCUUCCCCCUUCGGUUCAAUGAUCACAGUUAGAUCCGCAAAGCAGAUCGUCAAGCCCAACAGCAGGCAUUUCCGGACCACAGUUGGAAGCAAGUUCCGCAGCUCCCUGUCCUUGCUCAUGGAGACCCUCAACGCCACCACACCCCACUACGUUCGCUGCAUCAAGCCAAAUGAUGAGAAGUUGCCUUUCGAGUUUGACUCCAAAAGGAUUGUCCAGCAGCUACGAGCCUGUGGUGUUUUAGAAACGAUUCGCAUCAGUGCCCAGAGCUACCCAUCCAGGUGGACAUACAUUGAGUUCUACAGCCGCUACGGCAUCCUCAUGACCCAGCCGGAGCUCUCCUUUGGUGACAAAAAGGAAGUGUGCAAGGUGGUCUUGCACAGGCUCAUCCAGGAUUCCAAUCAAUACCAGUUUGGCAAAAGCAAGAUUUUCUUCCGAGCUGGACAAGUGGCUUACCUAGAGAAACUCCGAUUGGAUAAACUGAGGCAGGGCUGUAUUGUGAUCCAAAAGCACGUCCGUGGCUGGCUACAGAGGAAAAAGUUCCUCCGGGAGAGACACGCUGCUGUGACUAUCCAGCAGUACUUCCGGGGCCAGCAGACUGUGAGGAAAGCCAUCACCGCAAGGGCUUUGAAGGAGGCCUGGGCAGCCAUCAUCAUCCAGAAGCACUGCCGUGGGUACCUGGUCCGCAACCUGUACCAGCUGAUCCGCAUAGCCACCAUCACCAUCCAGGCGUAUGCCCGGGGCUUCCUGGCGAGGAGGAGGUACCGGAAGAUGCUGGAGGAGCACAAGGCUGUGAUCCUUCAGAAAUACGCCCGGGCGUGGCUGGCCCGCCGAAGAUUCCAGAACAUCCGACGUUUCGUGCUCAACAUCCAGCUGACUUACAGGGUCCAGCGUUUGCAGAAGAAGCUGGAGGAUCAGAACAGAGAGAACCACGGGCUGGUGGAGAAGCUGACCAGCCUGGCUGCUCUCCGGGCUGGCGACGUGGAGAAGGUUCAGAGGCUGGAGGCAGAGCUGGAAAGAGCAGCCAUCUACAGACACAGCUGCGAGGAGAAGGACCGGAGAUACAGGGACACUGUGGAAGAGAAACUGGCCAGGCUUCAGAAGCGUAAUUCCGAACUGGAAGCUGAGCAGGAGCAGACCCAGCUGAAGCUCCGCGAGAAGACGGAAGAGCUCCAAGAAAAAAUGGAUGCCCUCACCAAGCAGCUCUUUGACGACGUGCAGAAAGAAGAGCGGCAAAGGAUACUGCUGGAGAAAAAUUUUGAGCUAAAGACACAAGACUAUGAGAAGCAGAUGCAGUGUCUGAAGGAAGAAAUCAAGGCUCUCAAGGAGGAGAAAAUGCAGCUCUGUCACCAGCUCGAGGAAGAGCGGGUCACCUCUGAGGGCUUGAGGGGCGAUGUGGCCCGACUGAGCAAGCAAGCAAAGACCAUCUCUGAGUUUGAGAAGGAGAUCGAGCUGCUCCAGGCACAGAAGAUCGACGUGGAGAAACACGUGCAGUCGCAGAAACGGGAGAUGAGAGAAAAGAUGUCAGAGAUUACCAGACAGCUUCUCGAGAGCUAUGAUGUCGAAGAUGUACGAAGCAGACUCUCUGUGGAAGAUCUGGAACAUUUAAAUGAGGAUGGUGAACUCUGGUUUGCAUACGAGGGACUAAAGAAGGCGACACGAGUUAUGGAAAACCAUUUCCAAUCCCAGAAGGAUUGCUACGAAAAAGAGAUCGAAGCCCUGAACUUCAAAGUGGUACAUCUCAGUCAAGAAAUCAACCAUCUGCAGAAAUUAUUCAGAGAGGAAAAUGACAUCAAUGAAAGCAUCCGGCACCAAGUCACCAGGCUGACAUCAGAAAACAUGAUGAUCCCAGACUUUAAGCAGCAAAUUUCAGAGCUAGAGAAGCAGAAGCAAGAUCUUGAACUCCGCCUGAAUGAACAAAAUGAGAAAAUGAAAGGAAAACUGGAGGAACUGUCGGCUCAGCUCCCUCACAGCAGAGAAGAGGAAGGAACUCAGAGAAAGGCCAUAGAAGCCCAGCAUGAAGCACACCUCAGAGUGAAAGAGCAGCUUCUGGGCACGAUCCAGGCACUGCAGGAGGCUGGAGAGCACUCGAAGGCAGGGCAAUCCGAAGCUGAAGGCGAAGUGAGUAAUUCCCAGAAGGCGCUCACUCUGGAAAACAGGAAUCUGGAAGAGGAGUUAGACACGAAGGACAGAGUGAUUAAAAAGCUGCAAGACCAAGUGAAGAAUCUGGCCAAAACCGUGGAUAAAGCCAAUGCCAGGCCCUUGUCCUCGGGACCCAAGGAGUUCCUGGGGAUGCUGGAAUACAGAAGAGAAGAUGAGCCCAAGCUCAUUCAGAACCUCAUCCUUGACUUGAAGCCCCGCGGCGUGGUGGUGAACAUGAUGCCGGGGCUGCCGGCUCACAUCCUGUUCAUGUGUGUCCGCUACGCAGACGCCCUCAACGACGCCAGCAUGCUCAAGUCCCUCAUGAACAGCGCCAUCAACGGCAUCAAGCAGGUGGUGAAGGAACAUCUAGAAGACUUUGAGAUGCUGUCCUUUUGGCUUUCCAAUACUUGUCAUUUCCUUAACUGCCUCAGGCAGUAUAGUGGUGAAGAGGAAUUCAUGAAACAUAACAGCCCCCGUCAGAAUAAGAAUUGCCUGAACAAUUUUGACCUUUCGGAAUACAGACAGAUUCUUAGUGAUGUGGCUAUACGGAUAUAUCAUCAGUUCAUUACUGUAAUGGAAAAUAACAUCCAACCAAUAAUAGUGCCGGGCAUGCUGGAGUAUGAAAGCCUGCAGGGCAUCUCGGGCCUGAAGCCCACGGGCUUCCGGAAGCGCUCGUCCAGCAUUGAUGACACAGAUGCCUAUACCAUCACCUCCAUCCUGCAGCAGCUCAGCUACUUCUACACCACCAUGUGCCAGAACGGGCUGGACCUGGAGCUGUUGAGGCAGGCCGUGAAGCAGAUAUUCUUCCUGAUCGGCGCUGUCACCCUGAACAGCCUCUUCCUGCGCAAGGACAUGUGUUCAUGCAGGAAGGGGAUGCAGAUCAGGUGCAACAUCAGCUACUUGGAAGAAUGGCUCAAAGACAAGAAUCUGCAGAAGAGCAUAGCCAAGGAAACGCUGGAGCCCCUCUCCCAGGCAGCAUGGUUGCUCCAGGUCAAGAAGACGACGGACAGCGACGCCAAGGAGAUCUGUGAGCGCUGCACCUCGCUGUCUGCCGUGCAGAUCAUAAAGAUCCUGAAUUCCUACACGCCCAUCGACGACUUCGAGAAGAGAGUCACUCCAUCCUUUGUCCGCAAAGUACAGGCUCUCCUGAAUAACCGGGGCGACUCAUCACAGCUGAUGCUGGACACCAAGUACCUCUUUCAGGUCACCUUUCCCUUCGCCGCCUCUCCACACGCGCUGGAGCUGAUCCAGAUCCCCAGCAGUUUCAAGCUAGGUUUUCUCAACCGAUUGUAGCAGGAGGAAAGGUCCGCGUGCCUGUCCACGCACAGCAGGGCAAAGGCCAAGUAUCCUCGCUUCAAUUCCACUGACUUACAGCACACUUCCUGGGAGGCUCCUAGCUUCCUCUUGGUGU